AUGUCGCCUAUUUCUCUUCCCUCACAAGAAUCUCCGUCAGCGGGGAAGGUUAACCCUCCCGUUGUUUGCGUAUACUGUGGGUCAUCACCCGGGAACGAUUCAGCAUAUCUAGACGCUGCUAGGGCUUUUGCCAAGGUCCUUCACCAGCAUGGAUUUCACCUCGUCUAUGGGGGUGGAACGACUGGUAUAAUGGGCGCGAUUGCACGCGAGGUGGUGAAAUUAUCAGGGCCAGAUGCGGUACAGGGUUAUAUCCCAGCCGCGCUGGUGGCAUACGAACGUGGAAAAACGGGCAAGGAACGGGAUAACACGACGUAUGGACGCUUUGAGGUUGUGCCAGACAUGCAUACACGUAAAAUGCUUAUGGCACGGCGUGUUCAAUGUGGCGGACCAGGAAGUGGUUUCGUGGCUUUGAGCGGCGGGCUCGGUACAAUCGAGGAGUUGAUGGAAAUAGCAACAUGGCAACAGCUUGGUAUCCAUUCUCGAGGGGUAUGUCUCCUAAACGUCGGAGGCUACUGGGACGGUCUGGUGAACUGGGUUGAAAAAGUUGUUGUGGGCAAAGGUUUCUUGUCGCCAGAACACUGGCAUGCUGUCGGUGUUCAGAGCAGACCAGAAGACGUCGUCAAAUGGCUCCAAGAGUGGCGGGCAGAAGAAAAGGGGGUUAGGUUGGACUGGAGAAGCGAGACGGGGACUGCAAAAGAGGAUAGCGAUCAUCAGGGAGUGGUUGGUGUAGAUCUGUAG